CAUGGACCUACAUAAGCAGUGGGAGAACACAGAGACUGACUGGCACAAGGAAAAGAUGGAACUCCUGGACCAAUUUGACAAUGAAAGAAAGGAAUGGGAAAGUCAAUGGAAGAUCAUGCAGAAGAAGAUAGAAGAGCUCUGCCACGAAGUAAAGCUUCGGAGGAAAGUCAACACGCGUGAACGCGCUAAGAUCAUUGAUCUUGGUUGUGAGAAGGCCAUUCAAGAUAAAAUGGUGGAAUCUUCUCCAAAUUACCCCAAUUCAGGACAAUGUGAAUUUACAGGGUUGAAUCACAGGGAUGAUCUGGGAAAAAAAGAUAACACAGAGCAAAACUUAUUUCAUGAAAGAAAUCAAAUGUGUAAGGAGCAAAAAGCUACCAAAAAAUCCAAAGUAGAGUUCAUGGAUUCUUUGACCACAGAUAAACAAAGGGAGGGUGAGGCCUGGCCUGACCUGAGGACUUCUGGGGGAGACAGUGGGAGCUGCUCCAGCGCCCUCAACACGGCUCUUGAAGAACUUGCCAAAGUUAGUGAAGAAUUAUGCAGCUUUCAAGAGGAAAUUCGAAAGCGGUCUAACCACAGAAGGAUGAAGUCAGAUUCUUUUCUCCAGGAAAUGCCAAAUGUAAUUAACAUGCCUCAUGGAGAUCACAUGAUCAACAAUGGGCAGUGCCUUCCUUCAACCAAUUUAGAAAAAGAAAAACAGAAAAAUAGAAAGAAUCUGUGCUGUACCAGUGUUUUCCUAAACAAUUCUAAGAACAAAAGUGGAACCAAUACAAUUGAUCUGCAAAGAAAUGAAACUCCACCAGUUCCUCCUCCAAGAAGCACAUCUCGAAAUUUUCCCAGCUCCUAUUCUGAGCAAGCCCAUGGAAGUCUGAAGGGAAGUUUAGACCACAGCAGCAGGGUGGCCCAAGAAGGUCACGGUGAACGGAACUGCAGUCCUCAUUUCCUGUGGCCGCAUGAUGCGACGCCUACGUUGUGUCUAAAUGAAGGGAAGACUUUGAAAGAUGGUAUCAUGUUUUCUUCUUUGGCACCAGAAACCAAAAUAGAUAACAAGCCUUCAUGUAAUGAGAAUGUUGGACUUAGCAUGUGGUCAUCUGACAUUGGGACAGGUGCAAAAAAUAGUCCCUCUACACUCUGGUCUCAGAAAACCUGCUCUAUUCCCAAUAAACCAAAAUAUGAAAAGGCGAUCCCAGAUCAGCCUGCUAAAUCUCAUCCUGGUCUUCAUGUAGGCAAUGACUACGGUUCCUCAGUGACACAGAGCACUAGCCCACUGAGAAGUUUCGGUUGUGGCUUUGAAAAGACUACUAGAAAUGAAAAGCUGGCAGAAAAGACUGAUGAAUUUAACAGGAUCGUAUUUAGAACAGAUAGAAAUUGUCAUGCAGUUCAGCAAAAUCAAAGCUUCUCAGGAUCAUCUGAAGAUCUUCAGCCCUGUGAUACCUUAAUUACUUGUGCAGGUAAUGCUUCAGAAAGUGACACUGUUUCUGACAUUCUGAAAACUAGCGCCCACGUGCCUGUGCCCAGGGAAACUGUGCCUGAUAAUUCCACCAAAAAAUCCACAACAGGCCUCUUCAAACAAACACAGGAGCACGUAAGCCCGAGCAGUUACCGGAAUAUGUUCCAGGAGCAUGACUGGAGACCAAGUAAUUUGUCUGGCCGACCAAGAUCGGCUGAUCCCAGGUCAAAUUAUGGUGUGGUGGAAAAGCUGCUGAAAACCUACGAAACGUCAGCGGGGUCUGUAUUGCAAAAUUCUAAAUGCUUCCAGGAUAAUUGGACCAAAUGUAAUUCUGAUGUCACUGGUGGAGCCACAUUAAAUCAGCCUUUAGAAAAGCUCCAGAUAGAACAAGAGCUUCAGCAAAAGACAGCUAUGUGUGGGGCACAGCAAGUGAAGCAAGGAGUAGAUCGGAAAAAGGUAAUAGAGGAAUCCCUGGCAGUGAAAUCCUCACAUGGAAAAGGAUUUUCCCGACCUGCUAGACCAGCAAAUCGCCGUCUCCCAUCCAGAUGGGCAUCCAGAUCUCCAUCCGCUCCCCCUGCCUUGCGGAGAACUGCCCAGAGCAUCACCGUCUCUCUGCGAUCUGAGGCAUCGGUGGUCUGAGUCUCUGGCCUGGAUUGCGAGACUACAAAAGUCCCAACUGCCAAACAGAGUAUUCCGAGAGUUUACAACCAAUCCUGUCUCUUCUGUAUCUUUCAAGAUUAUUGGGACAAACAAUUUAAAUCUUAACUUCCCAUCAGUCUUCAGUGUUUUUAAUCUAUGGAAUAAUUAUCUUCCUGUAUUUUGAUUUCUUAGAUCAGAAUUUUUUAAUGCCAUCCUCAUUAAUUUGCCAAUAUGAUUUAAGUUGAAACAAUGUACUAUAUUGUAUAUUCUAACUUUCUUGCAAGUGGCAGAAAGCAAGGUUAUGUGCAUGGCCAUGUGUUUGUAGGUGCAUGUGUUGAUAUAGGAAAUAUCUUAGUAUGUAUUUAGAUAAGAAAAACUUAUGUGCUAGUGUUGACUUUGAAAUUAUAACAUGUAUACCUAUAUAUUCUUUGUGUUUAUUUAAAAUUUUUAAAAAUACACGGUAUUAUUUAUAUUUUGUAUACCUUUUAAUAGGUAUCCACUUAAGGCUUUUGAGGUACUUAUGUUAACUAACCACUUCCUUGGCUUCAACCACAUUGAAAAAUAGUUCUACAUGUAUCUAACAUUGGUAGCUUUCUAUAUACAGUUCAUAGUUACUUAACCCAUAUAGGGAUAGACUAAUACCAUUCACCUUGUUUAUCUCUUUUAAAUAAGUAAAAUUGUCACAGGCUUAACCGAUAAGCCUUCUAAAGCAAACACAAAAUGUUCACAAAAGCAUUUAUAUAUCAUUUGGCAGUCUACUCCGACAUUUAACUGUGUACUUAAUCCUUAGAGCCGGUAUCCUAAGACUGCCUUGUAAAGGACAUGACUAAACAAUGAAUUUAUUCUGGCAACUUCAGUAACAAGCAUUCCUUACACGGGAUAUGAAAAGAACUUCAAUUAUGCUGAAUUCUACUUUUUGUUAAAACUAUAGUAAGCUUUUUGUUCAGCUACUUUAUUUGGAGUCAUACAUAUUGAAAGGUAAGUCAUUCACUUUCUCCUUUUUCUAAUCUUUUCCCUAAAAUUAGUAGAUAAUAGACUAAUUCAAUUUUUUAUUAAAAAGGAAAAUCAGGAAUGGUGUUUCAUUGAGAGCUGAAUUAUAUUUCUUAUAGUGUGCUACAUAAAAAAAAAAAAAGCCUUAAACUAACCUUUGACAUCCAUGAGUAGCAUAAGGAAUACAAACUUUUUUUUUGGCCACAAUUUCCAAAAAGUGAACACGUAAACUCUAUACUGAGAACUGAUAAAAAUAUGAAUGUUGAGGUGCUUGGAAUUUUACAUGGAAGAUCUUAGAAGCAAAUUUGUUCUCCAUUGUCUCUAUAUAAAACCAACUGUGGUAUUAGAUAUUAAUUCUAUUUAAGCUUUUUUUUUUAAUUACCAAAAAAGGUUAUGUAAUUCUUAUGACAAAAAUAUUCAGAGCCUUCUCCUUGUGAUACAUUCUAACAAUUUAGAGAAAUUUUCUUCAUUACACCAUAAAUUGAGGUAAAGUAAUUAAUUUUUAAAUCCCAGACUGCCUUAAAGGCUCAAGACUGUUGCAUGGUGAAGGACAGAUUCAUUCUUUCCAGUAAAGAGAGUUCCCAGGAGAUGAGCGGAAUUAAGCUUCUAGAAGGUGAGGCUGGAGCAGACGGUAAGUAAGGGCUAUAGAUCGACUCUUUUAAUUCUUGUUUCUUUCAGGAAUCUCCUUUUCCAUAGAAAGCCUAUCAGAGAAAAGUAACCUAGACACCAAGUGAUGUUGCUCAUAUAAUAUGCUUCCUAUCUAGAAGGGAGAAAAACACUGGGGAGGCGGUAGCCUGUGGCAUAAAAUGAUAGACCUGUUAGGAAGAUGGUACUGUGUAAUGCUGGAGAGCAGCCCAAGAACUGUGUGACGUAGCUGCUCCUCUCCUUCACUGUAUACCAGGUAGUCCAAUGUGGAUCUGUGGUGCCUAACUUGAGUUACAAGUCAGAAUAUUGAGAAUUGUUUUUUAAAUUAGAUUUCUGACCUUAUCACAGGAUUACUAAAGCAGAAUUUCCAGGGGUAGGGAGUGGGAAUCUUGAAUCCUUAGUAAAAAAAGAAAAACAUUUGACGAUUAGGGACAUGUGGAAGCAGUGACAUUAACUGAUACCUAAUGGAUGGGUACCAUUGGGUAGUCAUGUUUCUUCUCUGGGACUUGCCUUUGUUAUCUGUAAAUUAAAAGGGUAAUAUUGUCAGGCGUCACAAUUUUAUGCCACUUUUUCUAUUACCAUUUUAAUGAACCAGUGGAACACAUUUUAACAUCUUAUGUUGACAAUAAUCAUAGACUAUUAGAGCUGGAAAAAAAGCAUCUAGUCCAACUCAAUUGUAAAGACGAAACUAAAAAAAAAAAAAGAUUAUUUGAGUAUUUUGUUUUCUCUUUUUAAAUAUUUUACAAUUUUUUAUGGAAAAACCUAUCAGGUAAAUGGAAGUGAUCCUUAAAAAAUAUUUUUGAUGUAUUGUGAUUUUUAACCAGUAGUUUUUCUACUUUGGAUGGGCAUUUUCUUCCCAACAGCAUACCCUUUAUUACAUCAUCACUGCUAGAUUUAAGGGAUUUGUAAACAUAUCAGGAGUACUUGAGUAGAAGUUUUCCCUGGCAGACUUUUUGGGGAAAAUAAUCUUCUAUUAUUUCAAUAGAGGGUUAUUGAUGUUAUAGGCUGAUCUCAGAAAGGAGUAAGAGUGAGGCAGAAAGAGUGUUUGAGUUUCUGUGCAUGUGUGUGUAUGCCCAUGACCCUUGCCCGGGUUCUCUGUAUAGCCCUAUGCCUGAAGCCAAGUAUAAAUGAUGUUGCAUAAUUCACUUUAUCAAAAAUUAUCCGUAACCUUAUUUUUACAUAGAAAGUGAAGGUGACCAGAUAUUAUCAUGCACAAAACAUGAUUUACUUCUCUGUAGAGGAUUUAGCCAGACUCUAUGUCACCCCAAGCAAACAUCUGGACCUAAAAAAGAGAAUCUGCUUCCCUACAAAGAUUUUUCAAUUUAUUUUUAGGCACACUUUCUGACAAACAACUACCUGAUAAUGAAAUCUCCUUCAGUCGUUGGAAACUAUCAAAUAAAAUAGGGGUGGAAACACUUGCUCUAGCAUCUGUGUACAUCUGGAGCAUUUUUAUUUUCCUCCUUUUCUACAGUGAAAAUCCAGCUGAGAGUUUUUUAAAGUCUAAACUCAAGUAUGUACGUAGUUCAACCUAGCUUCUCCCAAAAUAUCUCUAGAUAGUAGGGUCUAAAGGCCAAGCCUGCCUGAAUCCCUGCACCUGGCCACACACACAACCCCAUCUAGUUUCUCGUAUGCUGACACCAUUUUGUGCCCAUUUAACUACUUAUUGAGUCUGAUUAAGUUUUGUUUGAAAAAGGAGUACUCCUCUGAAAUUUACUUUUACAUGGUGAAAUUUAGUUAAAUUAUUUUUAGGCAGAUGUAGAUUUCAAGCAUAGUACGAUUUUGCUUCAAAUUCCUUGAGUAGCAAGUACCUUUAUCAGAAUCUAGAAUUAUGAUUUACUCAUUUUACUAUAGCUCAAAAAAUAUGCUUCUUCAAAAAAUGAGCUUCAUAAAGUAAAAAAAAAUUCAAAACAAAGAAAAAAAAAGACUGGGGGAGGAGCUUUAAGGCAAGUGUCUACUCAACAUUUUUUACUGUGGGAAUUUUUCUUAUCAUAGGAAAUAAUCUUUGUCUCAAUGGGAAAAAAAUCAUAAGACUUAAAAUCUGAUACAUGCUAUAAUGAUCUAAUGAAUCCAACAGGUAAGAAUGGAAAAUUCUGGAAAAAAAUUCUGCUUAAUAUGAAGCCAUGAUAGAGUCUAGAAAUGAGAAACGAGUCUAGAAAUGAGAGACGAGUCUAGAAUAGGAAGGACCUUAGAAGUCACCCAAAACAAUCUCAUAUGGAGGAGAGAAACCUGCUACUUAGAGAGGCCUGCCUGGCUGCUAGGGUUACAGGGACAGGAACCCAGCUGGAUUCCAGCAUCAGUGUUCUGCCUCCCUGUAUACCCGUGGGCAUCUGAGAGCUUGCAAAGCACAUAUGUAUUCCUUAUUUACUUCUUACAACAAAUUUCAAGGCAGCCAUCAUGAUUUCUAAUUACAGAAGGAAAAAUUAAAUAGCCAAGAUAAUAGAAUAAAUAUUUCCCAAGACAAUACUUAGCAAUAAAUAUGUGGCUCUUCAGACUUAAUUCAAGUUCUUUGCCCAAAGAAGCAAAGAGGAAGGCAAAGAGUGAACAGUUCCUUUUCACUUCUGUUUUAUGCAUGACAAUGAAAUUGUUUAUUUUGCUUUCAUUGAGAAUUUCUCUUUAUUUUGUCUUUUAAUGAUCUAAACCAAAAUUCGUCAUUCAUGAUUUACAUGGUUUCAAUUGUUUCAAGAGAUAUUAUUCAAGCAGUCAUGAAGAAGUCACACUUUAUCAAAGUAAUUUAAUUUUUGAUGCCUGUGCUCCAAUAUUGUAUAGAUUUUGUAUAGAAGCCAAUAUGUUGAUGGUAAAAACAAUAAGUAUUCCAGCAAGUAGCCAAAGCAAUCCUCAUCUAUAGCAUCAAUUGAAUCUGGACCUCCUCAAUUUUCAAAAGAAUCACAGAAAAUGUUCACUCUAUAUGACUUCAGUGUACUCCAGGAUCACUACAAGCAUUUCCCUUGGAGCAUGCAGUUAUUUCCAAUUUUAAGUUAAUUGUGUCCUGCCACUCUCUUUUUGAGGCUUUAUUCUCCAAUUAAAUUAUUUACCAUGUAAUUUUAUAAAAAUCAUUAAACAAAUCUAAUCCAGCUAUUUGGGAUCUGAAGACUUUUUUUUUUUUCAUAAUGCUGUUCAGCCUUAAAAUCACACCAAAUUUAAACUAUAAAAUUUUUCUAUUUCAGUCUUUGCAAGAAAUUUUUGUGUUAAAAUUAAGCCAGGAAAAAAAGUAAAAUAAAUAAAAUAGAAUGUUAAAAAAUAAUUAAGCCAGGAAAAGAUUCUCUGAAUUAAUGCUAUCUAGAGUGAAAAAGUAAGUUUGCAAUGAAACAAGAAAAUUUUAUUUUUAAAAGGAAGUUACAUGAAGGAAUAAAAGGGGGCAAUAGUCUCUAUAUGUUAAAAUUUAGGAGGUAAAACAUCGGUAAUAAAGAUUCUUCCUCUGAAAUCCCAGGCAAGAAGAGAAGAGCUGAGACCAGGCAUGUCAUCUGCCACCUCAUUAAAAAGGAAACUGGUAGUGGUGCAGCCCAAUGAGCCAAAGCUAAGUGAGUUCAUGACACUUCCAACUCAACAGAAACAAACGCUAGGUAUUUCCAGGUGAACUGAGGGCCUGGGAAAAGCACAACACUAAGGACUCCAAGGCGGACCUGCUCAGGCGUCAUCUUCAAGGAGAUUCCUCAUAAAACAUCAGAGACCUGACACUGCGUCCAGAGCUGGGGUGGGAAUGAAAUGUCCAGAGGAGGAAGUUAACAGCAGCAAGAUACUAGAUCAAGAGGCCAGUCCUGGGGACAAGCAUGCAGGAUACUAAAGAGAGAAAACUAGAGGUUGGGAGGGAAACUUCCACUGGAAAUAGGAACAGAGAGGUUUUCAUCGGCAUACCCGAUCUUUACCGAAGUUGGGAGCCAAGAAGCCUUGGCUAGCGAGUGAAGGACCCAUUUGUAGGCAGCGAGGAGAGUAACCACCAGGAAACUGAAACAAAUGGAGGGUCUGUGCAGCCUGAGACACUUUUGGGAACUAGAAAUGACAGGCGGCCAUCAGAGGACCUCCCAGUGAGGGAUUUAAAAAGACAGGCAAAGAUGACGAGGUAUGGGCUGACAUCCUCUUAUCUCCACCUUCCUUUUAUUGUGACUGCCGUCAGAAUCUAAGAUUUUAUCUAGAUAACCUAAUAAAUAAAAUAAGCCAUCUACAUCUUCAUGUAGUAGACUCUAAGAGCAAAAAUAGACACCCAAGAAAUUGAACGUGACAUUUUUCUUCAAUAAAAAAUAAAAAUAGCCCCAUCAUUAAAGAGUAGACCAUUUUUAGGAGAACUUAAAAAAUCACUGUAUAUAUGGAGUAGACAAACAUAGGCCAAACUGUAUCCAAGAAUAGAAUAUAGUCUCAGAGAAAAAGAAAUGCAAUGUUAUAUCUAAAGAAGGGGAAACUUCAUUAGCUGCUCUGAGCUCUGCCUGAAUGGAAAGCAGGUGGGCUGCAUGGAGCAGAGGAAAAGGUACCUGAGAACAAGAAUAUGUAGGGUUGAUACACUGCAGUUCAGUAGAAAAGGCCAGGGUCUGAAAACAUGGUAUUUCUGGCCACAGGACUGUUCCAUUCUGUCUUAGGAAGAGGAGGUUCCCCCAGACUGAUCUGUGCCACACAGGGUUGCCCAAGUUCUAUCAACUCAUUUUUCCACACUCAGUGGAGCACCCUUCUGAUUCUCAAAUUAACUACCUAAAUGUUUAGAGGAGUAGGAGAACAUCUAGACAGGGGUUCCUUGAAUAUUUCCAGAAGGUUUUCUCUGAUAGCAGAAAAAAGAAGUCGCUCUCCAAAGGUCUCUGAUGGUGUCUAAAAUUCUUUAGAUUUGGGGGCUUGAAACUCAAAAAAUUUUACAGUCCUUAAACAAACAGGAAUUUUGUCUGCUUUGUUCACUGACUGCACCAAACACUUAAGAAAGUGACAGCAGAGAGUAAGCUCAAUAAGUGUUGAAUAAAUAAACAAAAAAUUUUGUUACAAUUUAAAAAAUUAACAGAAUGAAAUGUUUUAGUCACUUGCUAUCAGAAACAUCAAAAUAGGUUUUCCUCUCUGCCUCCUUGUUUAGUCACAACUGAACUGAAUUUACUUUUAUUUCAUAAAAUUGAGCCACCUGAAUUUACAUCAUAGAGUAAUUUCUUGUCGUAGUGUCACCAUAUUUUGAGAACUUAAAAAUGCAUAUGAAUUGAGAUAGCUUUUUUCACUGUUUUGUAAACUUUAUAAUCACUAAGAUGGCAAGAACACUACCAAAGAGAUAGUACACUGGAAUGUUUGAAUCAAUUGCUGUUAGAAAUUUUGUUAAGUAUCUUUUUGCUGAAAAGUCAAGUGACAUGUUAUAUGAAAUGUUGUAAGGUUGUCUCUUUUACUAUCUUAGGAGAAAAAUAGUUGAAGGGCCUUUCUGAAGGAAAGAAAAGUAACAUUAUAUGAACUAACC